AUGUCCAGCAUACCAGCCGAUGCGUCCGCUGCCGUCCUCAAGAAAUCAGAUCCCAUUCCUGAGGACACCGUCUCAGUCCAGGGACCCAACUUCGAAGAACCGAUUAGCCUGCAAGGAUUGCUGCAAAGCUAUGAGCGCAUUGGUUUUCAGGCGAACAGCCUGAGCAAGGCCAUCUCGAUUGUCAACAAAAUGCGAGCAUGGCGGCUCUCCGACGAGCUCGUACGAGAGGACGAGGCGGAUGAGUAUAAGGAUACCGCGAUUCGCGCGCAGACACGAUGCAACGUCUUUCUAGGCUACACAUCGAACCUGAUAUCGUCCGGACUUAGAGAAAUCAUUCUAUACCUCGUUAAACACAAACAUGUGGCCGCUAUCGUCACCACGGCGGGAGGUAUCGAGGAAGAUUUCAUCAAGUGCCUUGGCAAAACCUACCUUGCUGACUUCAACCUGGAUGGCGCGGACUUACGACGACGCGGGAUGAACCGUAUCGGCAAUCUCGUUGUUCCAAAUGAUAACUACUGUAAAUUUGAGGACUGGCUCAUACCCAUUCUGGACACCAUGCUGGAAGAACAGAAGGCCAGCGGAGAUGUCUGGACACCAAGCAAACUUAUCCGAAGACUAGGAAAAGAGAUCAACCACGAAGAGUCUGUAUAUUACUGGGCCUACAAAAAUGACAUUCCUGUCUUUUGUCCCGCGUUGACCGAUGGAUCAUUGGGGGAUAUGCUAUACUUUCAUUCCUUUCGCUCUCCUGGACUCGUUGUCGACAUCGUCCAGGACAUCCGUAACCUGAACGAAUUGGCUCGCAAGUCAAAGAAAGCUGGCAUGAUUAUACUUGGAGGCGGCAUUUGCAAACAUCAGAUAGCCAAUUCGAUGCUUUUCCGCAACGGGGCGGACUACUCCGUGUAUAUCAAUACCGGACAGGAGUUUGACGGCUCGGACUCGGGUGCCAGACCAGAUGAGGCUGUUUCAUGGGGUAAAAUCAGGGCCGGGGCGGAGACUGUUAAGGCAAGUGAUGUAUACGCUGAUGCAACUCUCGUGUUUCCGCUCCUAGUAGCAGCCACCUUCGCUCAGAAACCUGCAGUAGGCGUCAGCCCUGAGAACGUUCCAGUGGUUUGAUUGUAAACGGCGGACGAAAGGCUGCCGCCUCGAUGAUAGCAUUCGUUGGUACUACCGACAUCAUAAUAGACGCAGAUCAACGCGCUACGUGCCGUACCCACAUUGAUAAUGAGAAUAUGUUGGGGGUGGUGCAUGUCACAGUGUUAUAAAGAGUUAUAUUCAAAUCAUGUCCUCGUCUAGCUCCUCGCUCCAUAAUCUGAUG